AUGAUCUCAGAAGCAUUAUUUUUGAUAGCAAUUGUCUGGUUACAAAGACGCUUGGGAGCUUUCCUCAAGAACCGAACGACCAAUUAUUAUGCUCAGAAAAGUAUUUCAUUGAUUGUCUUAGGUUUGAAUUGUUUCGUUAUUUUCAGCUUUGCUUGGUUUUAUGGUACUAAACGUGAAAGAUUUCAGAUUUCAAACCCUCAGGGAGAGUUUCAAACUUUAUCAGAAUUCAAAAUGAAUAUGGUGCAUCUGAUGAAAGAACUGAGUGCUCGCAUGCAGCAAUACCUCGGGUUGAAUGGCCACGACCAAUGUGGCAGUAUUGGGGCAGUUCAUUACAAGUUCUGGGAUGCCAGAAUAGACAGUGAUCAUCACGAGAGAUCGGAGACCAUCAUAAGUGCAAUUGAUAAAGUGUUGAAGCUUGAGGAUGGCCAAUGGUUAAGAGAAACUUUUUGUGUUCAAUUGAAUAAAGACGGAAAGUAUGAUGGUCACCUCAGAAUCAGUUCCCACUCGAUUUGUUAUGGUACUUGUUUGCCCAGUGACAUGCAAGUAGUUUACGAUGUGGAUAGCGGUGCUCUUCAAGCGAAUUAG